AUGUUUCCUCCAACUCAAGGGUUGCGCCUGGACAUUGAUGCCAUUAGUCAGAUUUUUGGAUCAAUCAGCAUUGCUUGUUGGAUAGUCGUCUUUUCGCCGCAAAUCAUUGAAAACUGGAAGAGGAGCUCUGCAGAAGGACUAUCAGUCGUAUUCAUCGUAAUAUGGCUUCUCGGCGACUUCUUCAACAUCAUAGGAGCCGUGUUGCAAGGGGUGUUGCCCACCAUGAUUAUCCUGGCUGUGUACUACACACUCGCAGAUAUUGUCUUGCUCCUCCAGUGUUUCUGGUACAAGGGCUUCACGCUGCGCGACGACUUUAAGAAGCCCACGUCUGAUUCUGAUGAAGAUAGCAUAACCAGCGAGCAGUCUCCGCUCCUUGGAGAGCGUAGACCGCACUCAAACGGAUCUCCUUAUAACAACCAACACGGCAAUGGUAUCGAGGUCCAGCGGCCCAGGAUCUCAGACUAUGAAAGACGCGGAUCAGGAAAUUCGCAGAGCUCAUUCCGCGAACGCUAUCUUUCCAUCGACGGCACUCAUCUCUCGCCCGUCACUCCGCUCCUCGACGACCCCACGUCCGGCCGCAGCACCAGCGCCAUUGCAACCAGCCCCCCACCCCAACAAUCCAACCUCCAAAUGAUCAUCUUUAACGCAGGAACCAUAAUCCUCGUCUGCGCCGCCGGCGUUUUCGGUUGGUACCUCAGCGCACGCAACUCAACCGUCCCCAGAGACUCCGAUCCCCCAGCCGACUCAACCCUGCACUUUAACCUCUGGGGCCAAAUCUCCGGCUACGUGUGUGCUGCGCUGUAUCUUGGUUCUCGCGUGCCUCAGCUCCUGCUCAACUACCGCCGCAAGUCCACCGAAGGGAUUAGCAUGCUCUUCUUCCUCUUUGCUUGCCUUGGAAACCUCACUUAUGUCCUUAGCAUUCUGGUGUACAAGCCAAAGUGCGGAGGUGGCGUCUGUCAUGACGGUGAGGGCCGUGCAGAGUAUGGAAAGUAUAUCGCGGUGAAUAUGAGUUGGUUGCUAGGAAGUUUCGGGACGCUGUUGCUUGAUGCGGGUGUUUUUGUGCAGUAUUUCAUGUAUAGGACUGAUGAUGAGGAGAGUAGUGAUGAGGAGUAUUAA